AUGACGCCUUGGCGCACGGCCGCAAGAAACGUGAUGUCCGUUGGUGCAACAACAUUGCGUACAACCACCAUGGAUGAGCGGUCUGAUUCGAUGAGCACGUCCUCCUGCACAGCGCGUUCUGACCUUCACAGAAAUCCCCACCCACGCAAGUCGCCGCUAUUUUCCUCUCCAUGGCGUCACAGAUUGGACAAUGCCCUUUCCCCCUCUUUUGUCUUCCAGCUACAGGGUUCACCGCCACCUCCCACCCCAGCUCCUGCGACGUUGCCCACCGGCCGCCGCCAACCCAUCUUCUCCCCUUCUCUUCCCGGCGGCAGAAGCAGCUCACCAGCACGGGCGACAGAGAGAUGGACGAGGAGACCGAGCAAUCCGCGAUGCCAUCGACUCGCCCUUCGCUCGUGGGGUGGAGAAGAACUAGGAGGUGGAGCAGUCCACGGAGUCGCCGCCGCCGCCCUCGCCGUCGAGCCUUCUGUGACGCUGUCGCCAUCAUCUAGCCCUUCUCCACGCGGGGCGCAGAGAUGGGCGAGGACGCCGGUAGGAAGGAGCAGCAGCUCGAUGACAGGAAGCAGCAGCUCACUCAUUCCUAGUGGUCAGGAGGGCUUCAAAUACAAUAAUGCAAACAUCUCCAUUGAUGCUACAACUACGAAGCAUCUCCAUGAUUUUGAAGUGCUCCUCGCCUCCCCCUCGAAAGGUCACAAACUGUCAUCUUUAAUAUCUUUUGUCGGAAUUCUGGGAAGAGCAUUGGAAAAGCUAUGGGGAACUUGUGUGUUACUAGUGCCAGCAAUAAGGAUUUCUUUUGUGCUUCUCUUCAAUUCUCCUUAAUGAGUGGACCUGCCUGCUAUGCAUAAUGAAUUUUGAUAUUUUGAUGUAAUUUAUUGAUGCAAGCAUUGUUGUUUGUAGUGAUUGUAAGGAUUUCCUUUGGGCAUAUUUUCAUCUAGCUUAAUUAGUCUGGAUCGUUGAUUUUAUAAACAAGAUUCAGACUGUUCCUUGUAUUAGUAAAAAUCAGAUAAGAAUUGAAUUGUUGUACUUAAAAGACAACCUGAAUGUCUUAUGCAUGCAAAAGCAGAUUACAUUUCCUUUCA